AUGGAUUUAGAUUCGGAUGCAAGUAUGGUUACAAGAAAACCGAAACACAGACGAUCAUACAGUGUUGGUUGUCCAGUGAAAAUUGAUCAGAUAUUUUGGCAACAAGAAUAUUCAAAAGCCGGUUUGGAAAAUAUCUCGUCAAGUAUCGUACAAGCAACUAAUUCGUCGCCAUUUAAAUCAUCUCGCCCUAACACUUCUGGAAAAUCGCAUUGCGCACGAAGGAAAUCGAUGAACGCCGAAGAACGUGAUCAAAAUCUAAUGCGCCCGUUAAUGCAGACUUUCCAACAAUGUUGUAAUCAGGACGAAGAGAAAAAUCUUAAACUAAAGUUGAACGCAUUGAAAGUUUUAAGAGAAAACGACGAACAACGUUUGAACGCAUUAGUCUUAGAAAAUAAAAAUCUACAAAAUACAUUCGAGACAGUCUGCAGCGAUUUGAGAAAUGUAAAAAAGGAGUUAGACGAGUUAUGCACAUCAAACAAGCAUUUAGAAUAUCGCAUUCAAUUUGUUACCAAUGAAACAUCAGCUGUUCAAGACCUUGACACACAGAACACGAUAAAAAUACUAAGAGUUGACGCCAUUAACGAACUUAAUAAAAAAAUUGACUUUUUCGAGAAAUAUAAUUCAAGUUUACGUGAAAAUAUAUCAACACAUCAGUAUAAAUUUACUAUGGGCCAAAAACAAUAUGAAAAGUUUAAAUGUAAAAUGCAAGAAGAAAAAAUAACAAUAGACACACUUUCAAUGUGCAUGAGAACUCGCGAUUCCACUGGUAAAAUGUAUAAGGAUUACCUAUUGAACGAGCAGAGCAUUGUUAAAAUAGAUAUCCAAGAUGAAUUUAAUAAACAUUAUCAACUAAAAUCAAAACUUACGACAGCUUUAGCCCGAACGGGACUUAUGCUUACGAUCACAAAAUGUAUUGAUAAAAGAUCAAAAUGUGUGUUACCAAAUUUCUUUUUGUAUUUAUUUUUUAAUUGCGCCCGUGUUAUUGUUUUGUGAAAAUUCCAACCGUUGUUGUA